AUGCUGGAGUUCAUGGACUAUGUCCAAGCCGCCUUCCAUGCCCAAGGAGGGUGGAAUCGCGACAAUAGCUAUUCCUCCUUGACCACCACCGCGCACAAUCUACUCGACUUCCAGAUCCCACAUGGCCUGCGCAUGCAUAUUUCUUCUCUAAGCUCGCCAAACUUCGGAACAAGCUAUACAGUGGGCAGUAAAGGCGUGGUAGAUGGGAGUCUGAGCUUCCUGUACACCAGCCUGGGGCUCAGCCUCCCUGCAAGAAGUCGGACAGCACAUUUGGAGGGUUUGGUGCAAGGAUACAGGCAUUUGGCAGCUCUACGGCCGCCUUCGCAGACGAACUGGACUGAGGUAUUACGAGGUGGCAAGACGAUACGGCAGAAGGACUCGUUGCUGUAUGGGAGACUGUACCUUCCGACCAGCACGUUGGAGGCGCUGUACCUUCGACGCAUCUCGCCCAACCGGCUGCUACGACUGAAUGGUGUCUCGGACGGCAGCCUGCCUAGUGGCGGAUCUCUUCUCGCCUUACUCCAGAACGACUUCGGCAAGUACAGCACGGAGUACUUGUACUCCACAGACUCCUCCUUAAUAGGCAUUAGAGGUCUGUACAAUUUUGGCUACGAUCCGCGCCACCCUGACACACUAUCCGGUAGACCACCAGCUCACCCAUGGGACCAUCAAGGAGGACGUCUCAGCGCCGGGGCUGAGGUGUAUUUCAGUCCCAUCAACAAAAGUGGUGGCGUAAGCACUGGCCUCCGUUUCACCACCCUACCCAUCCACACCGGCUUCCCGUACACCAUGACUCUGACUAUCAAUCCUUUGAUGGGUAAUUUGAGUUCCACAUACGCUGUCAAAGCAGGCCGAAAUCUGGCUUUCUGUUCCCGCUUCGACUUCAAUGUCUACAGCUAUGAGAGCGAUGUCAUGGUUGGAGUGGAGCUGUGGCAACGCCAGCAGCAUGCGCCCGAGACCGCAUGGGCGAGGAGAUUACUUCGGCCAGAUUGGCCUCAAGUGGAGGAGGAAGUAAAUGGAGUGCUUAAGGCGAGGGUGGACAAUCAUGGCAAGGUCGGACUACUAUGGGAGUGUAAGCUCAAGGAGCUGCUGGUCAGUCUUGGAGCUGGUGUCGAUCUCAAGAAGCGAGAACGUAUGUUAGGGAGUGUGGGUCUUGAGGUGAGCUAUUCUAGCUGA